UUAGUUUGCCUUUGCAGCUGUAGAAUCAGGGUAAAGUUACCAUGGAGUCAAGGGAAGGAAUUUCAGGGGUGACUGUAAUAUCUCCUGAAGCUCCAUCAGGCUACCAUGUUCCGCCGUGGAAGGAAAACCCAACUCCAGUCACUAGUGUACAGCCCAUGACGCCAUCCAUGGCAAGCACAGGCUUGUCCGGUACGUCAGAGAAGAAGAAGAGAGGUCGUCCCAGGAAGUAUGGACCUGAUGGUUCUGCUCGAAUUGUGCUUUCACCUACACCUAUAUCAUCAUCAGCUCCACCGGCUUCGGGCAACUUCUAUGUUGAGCAAUCCAGUGUUGUCAGGCCAACUGUUUCGGAGAAAAAACAUAAGAUUAAAGUUGGAACAGAAAAAAUAGGUGAAUGGGUUUCAUGCUCUACUGGUGGAAGUUUUUUGCCCCACCUUCUCACUGUUGAUACUGGCGAGGAUGUUUCAAAUAAGGUUAUGUCAUUCUCUUUAGAAGGACCUCGAGCUAUUUGCAUAAUUUCCGCUGUUGGUUUGAUCUCGAAAGUUACACUUCGGCAGCCUAAUUUGUCUGGGAAUACCUUGACUUAUGAGGGUCGGUUUGAAAUUCUCUCUCUGUCCGGAUCUUUUACUCCUUUCGACAUGGAAGACCCAAGAUCUGGCAUCAUGAGCACCUCUUUGGCAAGUCCUGAUGGUCGUGUUGUGGGAGGUCUGAUUGCUGGAUUGAUGAUUGCUGCUAGUCCUGUACAGGUGAUUGUGGGCAGUUUUCUACCAAGCGGCGACCCAGAGCUAAAACCCAAGAAGCCGAAAGCAAAAGCCACAUUGAAUAUCAAUGCAUCAAUCCCUGUUGGUAUUCCUCGUUCUUUCGAUGCAGAGAAUAAGAGCUUCGACACAGGCAAUCUUCUGCCUCAGUCUACAGUCAUGACGAAUAAUUUGGGGGCUGUUCCAACUGCAGAAAACUCGAGCAAGUCCACGACGGACAUCAAUAUAUCCUUGCAGGGAUAAAUAAUAUCUCAUGGACAGCAAUCAGUUCCAGUUUUUGCACUCCUCAAAAUCUUCAUCUUGUUCCAAUUAUUGUGCCAGCUAAGACAGAUCAUCGCGCUUUAGUUUACUCCGAUCAUUUUUUUCCUUGUCAGUGUUCAUUAUAAAGGAGAGUUGAAUCGUGGAGAGAGCUAUGUUGAAAGAACACCUUUGUUUGUAACAACUUUGGGUUGUAAUGGCAGAUUAAAAUAUAAGACCAACUUAUGGCGGUUUGGUAGAGCUUUUGUUUUU